AUGCUUCUCCUCACCCUCAUCUUCCUAGCUCUCACCUCCCUCACCCCCCUCAUCUCCGCCGAACCCAUCCCCGCCGCCGCUCUCCGCUCCCGCCAAAUCACCAUCGUCGAGCAAUACUGCUGCACUAGCGGCUGCGGUCUCUGCAAUGCAGUUUCGUGUGCGGAUUUUGACUGCUUCGAUUUCCCAUUCUACAGUUGCUGUGCGGUUGCGGUUUCUGAGAAGAGAGAUGAGCAUGGAUCGAUGCAAGGUUGGAACUCGAAGGGCGAGAAGGUCACGUUUAUUGAGGAUUAG